CUCAUACUUUAAUUUUGACGCUCAUUUUUAUUCUUUAUUAAUUAUACAUUUAUAAUUAAAUAAUAAACACAUAAACACACAUAAUUCACAUAAUACUCAAAUAUUUCAUAUUUAUUACUUCAAAAAGAGUUAUAAUAGUUGACCUAGGCUAUUACAUUGACAAAAAUGCUUAGCCCUGAAAACUCGGGCGUUACACAUGUUGCACGGAGCGAUGGUGGGAAUGAACCUCCCCGACGUCCACAGAAGAUCCCAACAUCCUGUGAGUCAUCAAAGCAAAAGAAAACUCGUAUGAAUGGACGAAACAUAAAUUUGGAACGAAUGUUUGAUAAAAACAAAGGGCCACUACCACUUGAAAUUGAACUUACAGGAAAACAAUUUAAGUUUUGUGGAGACAAUUACCAAGUUUACAUACGGUGUGUCUCAAAUAGUGUUGCAAAAUUUGUCCCUUUUUACUAUCCAAGUUGGAAAGACGUCCCUGCAAAAUUCAAAAACAAAGUUUAUCUCGAAGUGCAUGUAAGAAUCGACAGUGAUUGUGCAUCGUGUUACAAGUGUCGGAAAGGGAAGUUAAAGGAACAUUUUGUUGCAGUGGGAGGCUAUAAGGAUGUAGACAUCGUAAAGAGAAAUCCCCCAGGGACACAGUCUGAAAAAGAGUGGGGAAAAGUUAUCGACAAGCUUUACACAAAUGAAAAAUGGAAGGGAAAAUCUGUAAAAAAUAGUGAGAACAGAGGAAAACAACUUUAUCCAAGUUCACAUGGGAGUGAACCCUAUUCCCAAAAACGGUUUAAGGAGAGAAAAGUAACAGGAAAGGUGAAUUAUAUUGAGGGUUGGAAGAAGAGUCACUAUAAAGAAGGUCGUGGAUGGUGCAACAUGCGAGCACAACAAGAUUGGGUUAAAAUUGAAAAUGAGUAUAAGAAAAUGUUGGAUGAGGUUGGUGGUGAUGAAUCAAAAGUCAAACAGCUAGAAUGUUUGGCUUGUGUACUUGGAGAAAGGAGAGGUCACACACGAGGUGUUGGUCGAAAAGUGAAAAAUAUAGCACCUUAUAAUAUCUCGGCUCCUUCAACAAAUAAUGUAGACCUCAAUGCAUUUGCUCUUCAGUUGACUCAACAAUUGACUCAACAAUUUAAUCAACAAAUGCAACAAAUGUUCAUGUCUCAAAAUCCAAACACCAAACCUCCACCGCCGGUUCAAUUCAAUAUUGAUCUCUCACAGAUACAACUUCCGAACAGACAAGUGAUAUAUAAUGAUGAUACUCAAAGUGAUGAUGCUCAAAGUGAUGAUGCCCAAAGUGAUGAUGAUCAAAGUACCGAUUAGCAAACUUCUAGUGAUUAAAUUAGGUAGUAUUUGUAUUUCUAUGAAACUUUUAUACAUUUCAAAUGAAUGUUUUGGUAAAUGUUUUGAGAUUGUAUUAUAUUUUAAUGUUUUGAGAUUAUAUUGUAUUUUAAUAUUUUGCAAUUAAAUUUACCGAUUUAGCUA